AUGCUUCGUACCCGGUUUGUGGCGGCAGUACUUGCACUCUUCGCGCUUGUAGUCGUCGUCGUCACCAUCUGGCGCCGUGCCGGCUCCAUGUUUACCCCGGAAGAGGUGAACACGUUGCUCCAGCUGAAAGACGCGCUGGUAGUACUGAUUGCCAAGCGCCAAUUGGUCCACCAGUGCCUUGAGCCGCCGUUCCUCAAGGGGCUGUCGAUCCCCAACUGGAAAUACGAAGGGCUGACCCUCGUCAAGCUGGAUGAAUACGUCAGAUUGACUUCGGGUAACCCUCACCAAGCAGGGUCGUUAUGGACUCAGUACCCGAUUGACGCCGAGCUGUUUGAGAUGGAACUCACGUUCCACAUCACGGGACCUGAAUUGAUGGGUGAUGGCAUGGCUAUAUGGCUCACUAAUAGCCCUAGUCCCAUUGGUGAUGUAUUUGGUGCUCGAAACUACUUCACUGGGUUAGGGGUAUUUAUCGAUACUUUCCGCAACGGGCCUCGUGGCGAGUUCCCUUUCGUCAACGUCAUGGUCGGCGAUUCGCAAUUGCGCUACGAUAAGGCCACUGACGGUAUCGAUACUCGCAUUGCUGGUUGCCUGGCUAGAGAGCUCGUCAACCCGCAAAAGGGACCGACAAAGAUGCGGCUUGUCUACUUGAGAAACGGCUACCUCUCCAUCGACUUUAACUGGCUGGGAGUUAGAGGACAGUGGAUGAAUUGUGUCACUCUCCUGAACAUUAAGUUGCCUCAAUUUAAGUACUUGGGGAUGCUGGCCGAGACCGGUGACCUUUCCGAGACGGUAGACGUGUUGGAGAACGUCAUCUACCUGUUGGAAAAGCCUCUGGGUGGGUUUAUCGACUCCAUUGAACAGAUUGAACAGAUCAUCGAGGAAGCACCAGUAAACGACGCUAAAAUGCAACAGCGGCGGCGGAAACUGGUGGCUCGGCUCAAAGCAGCUGAGAAACGCAUUAAGGAACGGGAACGCCAGCAGCGGCUUGAGAAAUACGGCAGUGCCGAUGCCAUCUGGUGGCGCCGUCAAUGGUGGCGCCUCAUCGCCAUCGCCAAGUGGACGGUGCUCACCCUCAUUUUGGUGGUGGUGGUGUGGUUUGGCCGUCUUGUGGUGAAGGGCUACCGCCAAAACCGUAAGUCCAAGGUCACUGGGCUCUUGGACUAG